UCGUGGUGUUGGUAUCCCCAAACAUACUUGCCUGUGCUGUGUGUACCACGCUGGUUUGGUAGGAAGUCACGUAAGUGUGUUCCCUAUUUGUCAGACGCAUCUAAGCACCUGUUAUGUUACAACCUAGCUUUCCCCAAUGUCUUAACACUGGGCUGUCAUGUAAGUUCAAAAGCUGGUAGUAAAAUUGGCCUGGGCCAAAGGCCAGCUUCCCUCCUAAUCAGGAAUAAUCAGCAAUGAGUUUAUCCUUCUCAUCCCUCUGAUCCUGUUAUUCCAUUCCAGAAUGUCACAGCAACUGCAAACUCUUGGGCUUAAGGGAUUCUCUUGCCUCAACCUCCCAAGUAGCUGGGACUACAGGCACCUGCCACAACACCAGCUAUUUUUUGUUGUUGCAGUUGUCAUUGUUGUUUUAGCUGGCCCAGGCUGGGUUCGAACCCGCCAGCCUCGGUGUAUGUGGCCAGUGCCCCACCCACUGAGUUAUGGGCGCUGCCCAUUAAGCUCUUUCUAAUUUCUUACUGAAGGUCAAGCUAUUUGUCCCACCUGCCCACCUGCCCAGCUCAAGUUAGCUUAGGUAAGCACCAGAUCUGAACCCUUGCUGCCCUUAAGUCUCAAGCUAGUGUCAGCCCCUACCCCUACCCGCAAAGCAGGAUGGGAUUUCUUCAAAGGGUGUGACUUUUCCAUAGGGGCCUGGUUUUGCUGUCUCUUAUCUCUUGUUUGCAAGGACAGAGGCAUAUCCCAAGGUCGACAAGUGGGUGCUAUGCCCAGGGAUAGCCUGCAGGGGGCAGGAGUUACCAGGUCUGACUGAGUGGCUACCCUGCGGAAUGAAUGGACCCCACACCUGGCCCUUUAAGACCAAUGCUGGGCAGGGAAAGGGGGAGCUUUCCAGGUGCCUUUGCAUGAUUAUCUCAUUAACUUUUCACAACAGCCCUCUGGAAGGUGCUACUGGAGUUCUCAUUUUAUAAAUGGAGAAAUUGAAGCUCAGAAAGAUUAACAUGUCCACAAGGUCACAUCGUUACUAAACUGUAGGGCAAGAUUUGAACCUAAGUUAGUCGGACUCUACAUUCCACAUUCUUAACCUCUAUAUCAGUUCUAAAUCAGUGGUUCUUGACACUGGGUGCAGGUAAGAAUUACCUGGAAAGUACUAAACAACACUGAUGUCUGAAGCCCACUUAAACCUAUUAAAUCAGAAUUUCUGGGGAAGCUCUCCAGUGCUUCCAGUCUACAACUAGCAUUGGAAUCUCCACUUUACAUUCUGCUGCCUCUGUAUGUAUUUACCCAUUAAUUACUAUAAACUGGGUUUGUACCUGGAGCCCAACUCAGGUUCCCCUCUGGGGUCCUUAGUGAGCAUCAUCUCUUCAAAAGAAUCUCCAGAUGGUCUAUUUUUUAGGUUUUGCCUGCAACUGUUCCCUCAUCUCCAGACUAAAUCACAUUCUCAAAGUUUUUAUGUUUCUCUUUCAUAGCAUUUAUCUGAAAUAUAAUUAAAUAAUUAUGUUCAUAACUCUCUGGUUCAGCUGCUAGAACUAAGCUGUCCUAAAGCAGAGAUCCAUGUUUAACCCAUUUCCUGCAUCAUUCCCACAGCCAGUCACAGUGCCUGGCAUUUAUACAUUGGACAAAUGUAUUCUUUUUUCCAUUUUAUUUUACUUACUUUUAUUUUUAUUUUUUUUGAGACAGAGUCUCACUUUGUCACCCAGGGUAGAGAGCCGUGGUGUCAUAGCUCACAGCAAUCUCAACCUCCUGGGCUCAAGCAAUCCUCUUGCUUCAGCUUCCCAAGUAGCUAGGACUACAGGCGCCAGCCACAAUGCCUGGCUAUUUUUUCGAGACAGGGUCUCACGCCUGCCCAGGCUGGUCUCUAACUGGAGAGCUCAAGCAAUUUACUCACCUUGCCCUCCCAGAUCUUCUUUCCAUUUUAAUAAUUACUCAUCCAGUAUCCAUUAUGUGCUUCAUGCUUUUCCACAUGUGCUUUUAAAAGGCAGGGGAAGCCCUGUUUUCCAGUGGAGGAAACCAAAAAUCAGGAAUGGGAGGUGGUCACUCAGUCAGAAACCGGCAGAGCCAGGAUUGCAACCCCAAGCUCCUCACUCUAUCCUGGGCUCCCCUCCUGCUCCAUCCUCCCCCUCCAGAGGUUUGGCCCGAAUGAGGCAGCUCAGAAACUCCUCCAGCUUCCUGUGUCCCUACCUGCCUUCCCUAAUGGGAGUUCCAACAAACCACCCAAAACUGGACAAAAGUCCUUGGGAAGGGAGGCUCUCCAGGCUGAAAAUUCUUCCGGCGGGGCACGUAAGAGCUGGCUGCACCAGCGCCGGGGAGGGGUUCUGCUUCCUAGUCCGUCUCUGGCGCCCCCUGCUGGGGAAAUCUGGGUGCAGGGAGACUGGGACAUGUCCUCUUUCGGGGUAUCUGGCUCCGGCUGCAAGUGUCAAAUGGGAUAUCUGAGGCUUAAGAUGAUUCCCCAUCAAAGCCGGAUUCUGGAGGGACCAGGAAGAGCAAGUCAUCUAAAAAGUUCCAGCUGUGGGACCUUGAAAACUGCUUUCUAUAGCCGGGCGUUGUGGCGGGCGCCUGUAGUCCCAGCUACUUGGGAGGCUGAGGCAAGAGGAUCGCUUGAGUCCAAGAGCUUGAGGUUGCUGUGAGCUAGGACAGCAUGGCACUCUACCGAGGGUGAGACUCUGUCUCAAAAAAGAAAAAAAAAGACUGCUUUGUAAUGGGCUCUGUGUUUCUGCUCGGCACCCCAAGGAGCUGGUGAAAGGUCCUCAUUCCCAGUGAGGCUGAGGAAGAAGAGAAGGUUCGGAGACCUCACUCCCUCUGCGCCUGCGCUGCCUCUGUCCUGUCCUCCCCCAGGGCCAUCUCUGGGUUUCCCUUGGGUCAGAGAGAUCGCACACUGCGAAAGGAGCAGAAGGGUCUGAUCUGGGCUGUUGGCUCAGCAGCACUGCCGGUCCAGAGCCUCAUCCCAUUUCAGUGAGGAGGCAAGUGUGAAAACUGGAGCGUGAUGGAGAUGUCACAAGACCUCCCAGGCCCUCAGCUGGAGCCGCAGCUCUCCAUCUAGCUGGAAUUGCCAGGGGGCGAUGAGGAUGUGUGCGUGUCCAGCUCACUGCUCUUUGAAAGGGGCAUCCAUCUUUCUGCGUGCUUGUGUGUACGUGUGUGUGAAUGUGUGUGCCCAUACAAGGCUGGGAGCUGUGAGACAGCCUGGUUUGGGGCCCCAAACUAGCCAGUUUCCCCUUCUAGGUCUGUUGGCCUAAUUCCCAGCUGCCACUGCCAUUCUGCGCCCCCCUCCCUGAGGCGAUCUCCCUGCAGAUUUGGCAGCCAGGAAGGAGGGGCCGAGGGAGGCAGAGAGAACUGGAGUGAGAGAAAGGACUCAGUUCUAAUCUGAUGUGGAUGAUCCAGCAGCCUUCUUCAGCUCUGCUGCCCUUUGCUACUGGCUCUCCCGCUGAUUUUCUCUGUGCCCGGCACUCUCUCCUCUAUCUUCAUCUCCUUAAGAAAGUGCCUAGAAAGUUAAACACCCCCCCCCCCACACACACACACACAAUCCACCAAAAAAAAAAAAAAAUCAGAGAACAGGAGCAGGCAGACAAGUAAGAGAGCACGCGCAGGAGAGAGGGCUCACAUUGGUCGUGGAGGAGCGGCACAAGCAGAGGGAGGCUGGGGUUGGCAGCGACGGAUGGGGACGAAGGUCCCUUAGCCCCCAAGGAGCCUCCUUCAUGGACCCAGGGAUCUCAAGAGGGCCUGCUUCUACAUAGGAUGGGCAACUGUGUCAAGUCUCCACUGAGAAAUCUCUCAAGGAAGAUGUGCCAGGAGGAGCAGACCAGCUACAUGGUGGUGCAGACGAGUGAGGAGGGGCUGGCGGCUGGCGCCGAGCUCCCUGGACCACUCCUGAUGCUGGCUCAGAACUGCGCUGUCAUGCACAACCUGCUGGGCCCUGCCUGCAUCUUCCUGCGCAAGGGCUUCGCUGAGAACAGGCAGCCUGACAGAUCACUGCGACCAGAGGAGAUUGAAGAGCUCCGAGAGGCCUUCAGGGAAUUUGACAAGGACAAGGACGGCUACAUCAACUGCCGGGACCUGGGCAACUGCAUGCGCACCAUGGGCUACAUGCCUACCGAGAUGGAACUCAUCGAACUGUCCCAGCAGAUCAACAUGAACUUGGGUGGCCAUGUGGAUUUUGAUGACUUUGUGGAGUUAAUGGGGCCUAAACUCCUGGCAGAGACAGCAGAUAUGAUCGGAGUAAAGGAACUGCGAGAUGCUUUCCGAGAGUUUGACACCAAUGGUGAUGGAGAAAUAAGCACCAGUGAGCUGCGAGAGGCCAUGAGGAAGCUCCUGGGUCACCAGGUGGGACACCGAGACAUAGAGGAAAUUAUCCGAGAUGUGGACCUCAAUGGUGAUGGGCGAGUGGACUUCGAAGAGUUUGUCCGGAUGAUGUCUCGCUGAGGCUGCGAGGGCCCCUCCAGGACUGCCAAGCUCCCACAGGCGGGAAGAAGAGGAGCCAGGACUAGCCUCACCCGCUGCAGCUGCCGAGAGCCCAGGAUAUACUGGAGGAUGGGGCCUGCCUGCACCCCGGGGAGGUGCCCACCCUGGACCCCCUCCCCUCUGCACUGUGAAAGACUAAUUCCUGCAACUGGAAAGGGGGUGCCCACUGAUGAGGAGGCCACAGUGCCAAGCCGGCAGAGGUCAUUCCAGGCGCCAAGUGCCAUGUAUCCAGCUGCUGCUGGCUGGGUGGGCCAGGGAGCCCGCCAACAGACCCCACACAGCAUGUCUGCCCCAGCGAAAAGCCUGUCGCUGCCCUCCUUAGCUCUGUGCCCGUCCCAGCUCGCCUCAGCCCUGAUAUCUCAGAACCAAUAAAAAUAUUUCCAAGAG